GCGGCGCGCGCGCGAGUGGUGAACAUGUUACAUACAACUCUCUUUGGAUUUCUUCUGCUGAUAUCUGCGCGCGAAUAUGGCUGCAGUUUGGUCGAGAUUAAUGCGACGACGUUUGCGGAGCUCCCGCCGCUGUUCGCCCUGGACAGCUGGGCGCAGUGCCAGGGCGAAGGCGCCGUCUGGUGCAUCGUGGAUGCCGCCCUGGUCUCCGAGGAGCCUUCCGCGACCUUGAGCCUGUUGCAAGAAUACUCGCAAGAAACCCUGAAGCACUACAACAGGACGCUAGUGCACCGGGGCAUGUGUGUGUCUCGUUGUGGGAGCGAGGACGACGGGCCGGAACCCUGGAAGACGGCUGCUACGAACUGCAUCAACCAGGACCUGGCCAAAUAUGGCUUGCAGGGCGAGGUGCUAUCAGUGGCGUUCUGCACGCGGCCGGCGCGCGAGGCGGGCGGCGGCGCGCGCGCAUUCGCCGUGCUCUCCGUGGGAUUGUGCGCGCUCGUGCUGCUCGCUACCACGCUGCACGUGCUCGGCGAGCGAUGCGCUAAGGUUGACGGUAACAAGUACCUGCUGGCAUUUUCCCUGAAGAAGAACUGGGCGAUCCUCACGUACAACCGCACCAAGCCCCGAAGCGACCAGAGGAUGAAGGAUCUCACCGCCAUGGAAGGGAUUCGGGUGCUUGGGAUUCAGUGUGUCAUAUUUUCACACGUUCUUCUGGUCCAUGUUUAUUCCUACUCUGACAACCCGAACUACGUUGAGAAGAUGUAUGACCAGUUCGGCUGGCAGACGGUUCUGAACUCGCCGGUGUGGCUGCAGACCUUCUUCUCCAUGUCGGCGUUCCUCACCACGUAUUCCGUACUCAUCACCGUCGACAAGAGUCCCAUCACCCUGGUCAAAUGCGUCAUGUCCGUCAUCAACAGAUACAUCAGGUUAACCCCCGCUGCCGGCUACGCCCUCUGGUUCACGAUGACGUGGUACCCACUCAUGGGGUCGGGUCCGCUCUGGGGCUGGCUGGUGGAGCGCGAGGCGGCCGACUGUUCCGAACGCUGGUGGUACCACAUCCUGUACGCGCAGAACCAUUUGUCGAUGGGCAAGUUCUGCAUGGGGCAUACUUGGUACUUGGCAGCGGAUCUACAGCUCCACGCGAUAGGCUUACUAGUGCUGCUGGUGAUAGCUCGCUGGCGGCGCGCGGCCGCGCCGGUGCUGGCGAGCCUGGUGCUGGGCUCAGCUCUCACAGCCGGCCUCGUGUCCUACUUCUAUGACGUCACGCCCAUCGUCACAGGGCAGGCGCCCGAUGCUGCUGGUGAUAGCUCGCUGGCGGCGCGCGGCCGCGCCGGUGCUGGCGAUCCUGGUGCUGGGCUCGUGUCCUACUUCUAUGACGUCACGCCCAUCGACACGGGGCAGGUGCCCGAGAUCCUGAGUGAGUCCCUAACUAAGAAGCCCUUACUAGUGCUGCUGGUGAUAGCUCGCUGGCUGCUGGCGAUCCUGGUGCUGGGCUCAGCGCUCUCCGCCGGCCUCGUGUCCUACUUCUAUGACGUCACGCCCAUCGUCACCGGGCAGGAUCCUGAUCCCUUACUAGUGCUGCUGGUGAUAGCUCGCUGGCUGCUGGCGAUGCUGGUGCUGGGCUCCGCGCUCUCCGCCGGCCUCGUGUCCUACUUCUAUGACGUCACGCCCAUCGUCACGGGGCAGGCGCCCGAGUGA